UACAGCGCCAAAGAGGUCAACUGUAAAAGUAGGACUAUUCAUUUUAUCUUUAGCCCACAUAAAAAUAGUUUGCAUGCAUAUGGAAAAAAGGUUAUAAAGAGAACGGUAUGAAGUGAUUCGGCUAUCAAGUACCCGGUUUAGUGUAGGCAACCCGCCUUUACAUAUAAGAACUAAUGGACUACCUCCUGGCCCAUGACGCGUCACGCUGUAUCUGAUCGUUGCCCUUUAUAUAUAGACUUACCUCUCAAACGCGGACUUGACUUUUGUUGGCCUUCUGAUUUCUUCGACAUGUCCACUCUAAGGCUGCUCCUAUCUUGUCUGCUUUUUAAAGAGGUUGUUGCACUGUCAGGGAACUUCUGGCACAUCACGGAUCUGCAUUGGGACCCAACAUACAAUUUGACCGAUAAUCCCACACGUGUGUGCGCAUCAAGUGGCAGACGACCCGCGGCCAAUGCGGGGGCAUUUGGAGACUAUGCUUGUGAUUCACCGUGGCUCCUUAUAAACUCCUCUGUGUAUGCCAUGAAGGAUAUUCUACCUGACCCCGACUUCAUCGUAUGGACAGGAGAUGACACACCACAUGUACCCAACACAGAUCUGGGAGAAGAAGCAGUGCUCCACAUUAUCAGCAAUCUUACCCACAUUAUACGUCAGGUGUUUCCAAACACUAAAGUGUACCCUGCACUUGGCAACCAUGACUACCACCCUAAGAGCCAGCUUCCUGCAGGCCCAACCUACAUGUAUAAUCAGAUAGCUGAAAUGUGGCAGGACUGGUUGGAUCCAGAGUCCAGAGAAACAUUUAAAAAAGGUGGAUAUUACACAGAAAAGCUGCUGAAUCGAACAGGUUUCAGGAUGCUGGCCCUUAACACUAAUCUCUACUAUGACCAGAACAAGCUGAACCAGGACAUGGACGACCCAGCAGGCCAGUUUAGCUGGGCGGACCAGGUUCUUACAGAGGCCGCCAACAACAAAGAAAAGGUGUACAUAAUUGGCCACGUUCCCCCAGGUGUCUUUGAGAAGAAGAGAAAUAAGCCGUGGUUCACGCCUAAAUUCAACAAGAUAUACUUGGGCUUAAUUCAGAAGCAUCAUUCAGUGAUACUUGGACAGUUCUUUGGCCAUCAUCAUACCGAUAGCUUCCGGAUGUUUUACAACUCAGAAGGCUCUCCUAUCAGUACGGUGUUCCUCAGCCCGGGCGUCACACCGUGGAAAACAACACUUCCUGGAGUCAAGGAUGGAGCGAACAACCCUGGGAUUCGUGUUUUGGAAUAUGACACCCACACACUCCUGGUCAAAGAUGUGGUGACUUAUUAUCUGAACCUGACUCACGCUAACGCAGCCGGCGGACGCUGGGAGAAGGAGUACCGCCUCACAGAGAGCUUCAGACUACCAGACGCCUCCCCAGCCUCCAUGCAUCAGCUUCUAGAGCGCAUUGCUAACGACCGCUGCUACCUGCAAAAGUACUACGAGUUCAACUCAGUCAGCUAUGACCUGACAGAGUGUAACAGCGACUGCCGUGUUAACCACGUGUGUGCAGCCCGAGAGGUAGACUUUGACAGGUAUGAACACUGUCUGGAAAAGGAAGGGGCGGCUGCCGUUCAUGGUGGGUUGCUGGCGGUCCUCUCUGUGGCUGUAAGUCUGGUGAUGGCCAAUCGGUAAUGAUGAUCAAUCUAUCGAAGAGGAUUUUAAAAUAUAUAUAUAUUAUAGACGCUUUAGGGAGUCAAUGGAUAGACAAACUGAAACUCAAGAUAAAGAUUAUUGCUGACAUGUAAAUAUGUAACAGUUAAAAUCAUAGGAUGAUGUUUUUAAUCAUAUGACAUCUAUAAUUUGAGUCAUUCACAAGAUGUACUUGAGCAGCGUAUCAACC